AUGGUGAAGUCUCAAGCCACCGACGAGCUGUGUGCGAUCUUUGUCCACGCCGGAGCUGGGUAUCACAGCCGCGAGAAUGAGGUCAAGCACCUGAAGGUGUGCGAGCUCGCCGUUGAAGCAGGAAUGGCUUUUCUUCGUCAUGGAGGAUCUGCAGUCAACGCCGUGGAGAUGGCACUUAUGGUCCUUGAGGAUGCUCCGAUUACCAAUGCAGGGCUGGGUAGCAACCUGAAUGAAAACGGCAUCGUUGAGUGUGAUGCCUCGAUCGUCGAUCAUUUUGGUCGCAGCGGGGCCGUUGGUGCUGUGCCCAAUAUCAAGAAUCCGAUUCAACUUGCCCGUCGCAUCUACGAGAAAGCAUGCAAGUCGCCUGGCAUGUCGCGAGUUCCUCCAAACCUGCUCUGUGGUGAAGGUGCUACAAACUUCGCAUGGAACAACAAUGUAGUUGUGGUUCCCAAUGAUGUGUUGGUUUCGCCCCUCGCAGCCCAGCGCUUUAGGAACUGGUCCCAUGAAAUUGCUGAAUGGGAACAUGAGAAUCCAAAAAAUGAGACUGAAAUUCGGGCGGCGUACCUCCGUCGGGCGCAGCCUCUCACCCCCGCUGACUUGCCGAGUGUGCAGAAGCACAUGGAUGCUGCUCGUCAAAUCGGUGAAAUUCAGGAUAGACCCUUCCGAGUCAUGGAUGAUGAGGCUUCCGGUGGACCUGAAUCAAAGAUUCAAUCAGACGGAACCCCAUCAGCCGAUGAAGAUAAUGGCUCGGCGGAGUCUCCCAGUGGUGUGCCCCUUCCAGACAGCGAUUCGCACAACGCCAACUCUCGUUAUGACAAAGAAGACCUCAUUACGGACACCGUUGGGGCAAUCGCCAUUGACAAGUUUGGCAACAUCGCCGCAGGUUCUUCUUCUGGAGGCAUUGGGAUGAAGCACCCUGGCCGUAUUGGUCCAGCGGCCUUGAUCGGCGUAGGCACGCACGUUAUUCCUGUCGAUCCGACUGACGAAACCAAGUCCACAGUCGCUGUUGUGGCCUCUGGCACUGGAGAGCACAUCGCCUCCACCUUCGCAGCCAGUACAUGUGCAACCCGGGUUUAUUACAGCCACAAAAAGGCUCGAGAGGGUCUUUUCGACCAGGUGAACGAAGAAGAGGCCAUUGCUGCCAUGAUUCAAAAUGAAUUCACUGGUCACCCAGCUGUUGUAAACAGUGACAUCGAUGCUUCCCUUGGACUCAUGGUUGUCAAGAAGACCAUAGAGGGCAUUGCUCUCUUCUUCGCUCACAACACCGAGUCUUUCGCCAUUGGUUCCCUCUCGAGCAGACAAGAGAAGGCCCAUUGUGUGAUGUCACGAAACCCAAACCAUGCACCCGUUGCUCAGGGAGGGUUGAUGUUUCGACCCAGGAAGUGA